AUGGCGUUCUUUACGUUCAACGGGGUGACGAAAAAGCUGAAAGUGGCGGCGGUGAAACCGGCGGUGCUCUCGACGGUGUUCAAACUCGAGCCCGACUCGAUCGUGAUCACCGACGACGACGAGGGAGAAGUGCAUCUGGCCGAUGGGGCUCGAUUCGAUCCACCCCUCAUCGACGGGCAUCGAUACAGUGUGGACGGGGCCGAGCUGGCUUCGGUUGUGGCUCAGAGAACGGCGGAGAUGGAGCGACAAGCGGCCGCCGAUCGAUUAGCCGCUGCCAAUCAAAUGGCCAUCUAUGGACGCGAGAGGGAUGUGGCCGGGAUCAAGGGACAACAAAGAGAUAAUCUGAUCACCGUCUUGAUCUCAACGACGAGCGAUCUGGACCAGAGUGUCGGAAUGUUGUACAAUGCUCCUCAGGCUGUGGUCCUUGUCGAAGCUCUUGCUAUCUUAGCCGCUGCGGCCCCUGAUCCAUCGCUUGUCAGUGAAAACAUGCCCGCCGAAAAGUUCACAAGACUCAAGACACCAUCGUCUUUCAAGGCUUCGCUGUACCAAGUGGCCUCGUCAAUGUGCAACGCUUUCCGGACGGCCGACGUCUCGAUGAUGACCAUCAAGGCGAAACUGGUGGAUUUGCCCGAUGACUUCGUGUCGACACUGGAAGUGAUUGGAGAGAAUGAUGAUGUCGCUACUCAGAAGAUCCUCAAGCGGACCACCGGUCGAAUCGCCGAAGCGUCGAAGAAAUGCGUGGAAAUGGCCAAAAAGUCGAGUGAGACAUUUCGCGAGACCAUCGAUGUUAUCGACGAGCUAUGCCAAGCCGCUAUUGUCGCAAAGGGAACCAAUGAGGCGGCUUUGACGGAAUGGAAGAAACUGAAAGUGGACUUGGAUCAACGAAAACAAGCACUGCAAAUAUCCGAACAAGACCUCCGACAACAGCACGAGGAGAGAAAAGAGCGAGCAAAGGAGGCUCUUCAAGAGUACAAGGAUCAGGUGGCAAACAGUGGCAAUGUGGGAAAGAUGUUCUUGGCGUUUACGUGUGAUGGAAUCAUGGAUACGGUGAAAGCGGCCGUCUCAUUGCCGGGGAAAGCCCUCGAGAUAUUGGGGGAGAAACUUCCGAAGUUGCCCGGCACCGAGAAGUGCUCACCCACAAUGCGAUAUGCUAUGGAGUGGAGCCUGUUGCAAAUGCUGGAGCAGAUCAUCGGGGAUUUGGCGCAUCCCGGGGAAAUGGGCGAAGAAACGGUGAAGGACUAUAUCCUUUCGUUGAAAGACUCGGAGAGGGUUUCAGUUGGGAAUGUGAUUGUGGCAGCAAAAAGCGUUCGAGAGGAUCGACAAAAGGCGAAGGAUGAGAAAACGGCUGCCCAGCUAUCAUUUGCUGAAAAGCUCGUUCAAGCCGAAACGGAUCAAAUUCGAAUGAGCCAAUCGUAUUACACCGAGGAGAGCCAAAAGGAGGAGAAACUCCGCAAAGAGCUCAAAGAGACGACAAUGGAACUGUCGGGAAUUUUGGGGAAACUGAAGAAUUUGGAUCUGGAGAAGGUCGAUCUAGACGAUAUCAUCAGCUAUCUUCAAGAUGGAAUUCAGUACUUGGGAAAGGUGAAAGAGAAUUGGAACGAGCUGACUAACUUCUUCGAUGCAAUCCUGAUUUUGGUGGAAACGAAUCUGAAGGACAACAUUGACUCUUUUCUGCAAGAGGCUCAGGACCCGGCGUCUAGAGGUCGCAUGUUGCGAAGUGCGCUGAAGGCGACCGGUUACUGUAUCCAAGCGGGCAAUUGUGCCCAGAUCUACACACAAGUCUCCAGCCAAUAUGUCAUGCCGACAAUCAACGGAGUCGGAAAGCAAUUCGCUCUGACAAACGCCGAAGCUAAAGCAAAGAAGGGCGAUAUCGAGAACAUGCUCAACGCUAUGGCUCUGGCUCAGACGCUCAAAACUCGAUACGCCGAGCAAAAAGAGGAAAUCGAGCAAGUUUAUCGAAGUUUCAAGGGGGUGUUGAUGAAACUGAAGAACAUGUGCAGCGAUGAUGCGCGAAUCAUCCGUGAAAUCAAAGACAUGCAUCAACAGCUCACCAUCAAAUAUAAAAAGAUCGACUUGUUCGACGUCGAGUUACGCGACGAGCAACUCGAAGAGGAGGAGAUACUGCGACAGCUACAAAGGAAAAACGAGCGUCACGACGAGGAUACGAAGAAUUGUGUGAACGUACAGGGGGGACUGGCCGGAGCAAUGGCCGGAUUGGGGGCACUUGCUGUGAUCUUCCCGCCAGUCGGUGUGCCGGCACUGAUCGCUGCUGGUGGAACGGCUGCCGGCGGUCUGACCGCUGGCGUGAUCGGCAUCAUCGAACAAGCGCAAAAGGCCUCACAAGAGAAGUUGAACAGUCUCCGGGAGAACAUUUCAAAUGUUGGUAGACAUCUUGAUCAGCUCAAAAAAGAGAUCAAAAAGGAUGAGGAAUGGGUACAAUGGUACUGGAAGCAGAUCGACGAAGCAAAUAAAGAGUUGGACAAGGCAAGGAGGCAUAUCGCCAAGUGCAGAAUGAUGCAAGAGAAUGGGAACAUUUGGUUACUUGGCGAACUGCUUAUCAAUCGUCUCAAUUUCUCGGCGAUGAUCCGUUAUACGUCAAACAGUGAGAAUUUGAAGCGAAACUCUCCUAAACAAGACGGGCUACCAAGAAGAAAUCCAAUGUAUCGA